GUAAAUCUUUAAAGAAACUUAGUGCCCACAUAGUGGUGGGAGCUGUGGAUUGGUAUUUCUCACAAUGUUAAGAGAGGCCAUAAAGGAGUAGGGCAUACUCCUUCAAGAAGGACAUACUCCUGUAAGAAGUACAAGAAGAGGCAGCACAAGAACACAGGGUGCAAGGUGCUGUAGAGAAGGUAAAAGAUGUGUCAAAAACUGAUUUGGCAUCACUGCAAGGUGUGUUAGAAGUGGUAAAGGAUGUAGUGGCAGCAUGAGAACUCAGGCUGCAAGGCCUUGUGCAAAAGGAAAAGGAUGUAGUGGUGCCAACAGCCCUGGAAAUGGUGGAGGAUCCAGGGAAGAUGAAGGGGUUGGAAAUAGUGCUGGAGGCAUCGACCCCUCCUCUAUUGAAAGUUCACCCAGUUGUAGUUAAGGAAAUAAAGACACAGCAACUGCAGGUUCCUCCAGUAGAAGUGUAGCCUCUUCCCCAGGUCAUGGAGCAUUCCACUUUCCACCCUUAUACACAUUUGGAACUGGUGGAAUUGGGCUCCCGGUUUCGGCAGAAGCCCUUGGAGUCCAUAUCAUCCUAGCUUCUGUGUCUUUGGGAUGCAGGUGUGAGAAGUAUUUUCCUGUGUGUAUCAGAGAUGGGAAAGCUGGCUUCCCUAACAACUUGUCCUGCCUUGCAACAACAACUGCAGAGUGCAUGCCAGACCCCAGAGACCCAUUCCCUUCUUGAAUGGUUGCUAGCCUCCCUUUGUACUAUAUGAUCUAAUAUGGGUGACUUACCAUCUUCCCCUUCCAGAUGGUAGAUGUAUGCCAAGCUCCAACAGGUGUUUAAGGAGUUGGGCAUGAAAAAAUGCCAUUUAUAAUCCAGGAAAUUAUAGCCCAGAAGAUUGAGAGUGGAAUACAGUUGGAAUGACCACUUGGUAGCAUCGAUGUUCUCAGGCUUGAGAAUUAUUAUAAUUUCUGUUGUUAUCUGUAUAUUUUUGUUAUUUUUAUAUUGUCACAGCCUCUGUUGUUAUUGUGGAAUUUGGUUACAAUGUUCCAGUUUUCUCACACAGGGACCAUCACAGAAGAUUGAAGGCUCAUAGAGUGUGAGAAUGGAUUGGGAAGAUGAUUAUUCCCAUAAUUCUUUUGACCUUCAUUGUUUGUUAAAUUCAUUUCCUGGAGACUUGGAGUUUAAGCAGAUCUUCAGUGACAUCGAUGAAAAGAUAGAACAAAAUGCUACAAGUAUAGAGCACUGCAUUAAAGAAAUACAGUCUCAAGUUAACAAACAUUGUCCAGAUGUGCAGCUGCAAACAACAACUGACUGUUUUGAAUGGCUAAAUAACUGUAACUAUAACUCAUCCAAGUCAACUUCUAUUCCUCAUGGAGAUUUGAUGAAAUUCCUCAAAACACUGCAAGAUUUGUUGAACAAUGAGCUAAAUCAAGAAGAAAUGGUAUUGGACUUACUUUGGGACCUCUCCUGCAAGAGCAGCAUUUCAUUCCCAUCAACCCUAAGUGGAACAUCGUUCCAUUUCCUCUCUAGAACUUCUCUUCAUUCUGUUGAAGAUCAUUCCUCUAUGAAUGUAAAGUCUAUAUGGGAUGAUAUAAGAUUACAUCUUCGACGCUUCUUAGUGAGCAGACUACAAAGUGUUAAUGAAAUAAGCAAUUCACAGCAAAAGAUUCUGUUGAAAAAUCAGUGCAUACAACAACUCUUGUUUCUCUAUCCAGAAUCAGAAGUUAUAGUCAAAUACCAAAACAUACAGAAUAAACUGUUGGCUAAACUUCUGCAGAACUGUUUUCCUUCUUACAGCAGAGAAUCAAAUUUAGACAUAAUGGUUCAUGGAUACCAAAGUACAAUGCUUAAGUUAUACUCAAUGAUAAAAGAUGAUUUUAAUAUGCUGCGUGAAAUUUUAGCUCCAUCCUCAAUGGUGAAAUUCAUUAAAGAAACUUACCUGGAUACUGUUACAGAAGAAAUGGCAAAAUUUCUUGAAAAUUUUUGUGAGCUGCAGUUCAGAGAAAGUGCUGUCCGUGUGAUUAAAACAAGCAAGAGCUCCAGCAGGCAUAGAGGAGCAGUGCAUGCAUUGGUUACUUCUGAAUGUCCACAGAAAGGAAACUUUUCCCUCUCUUUAGAUGAACUCAAAUUCUUGUCACAGCUCAUAAAAUCCUUUUUGAAGCUGGAAAAAAAUGUUCAAGAAUUGUUUGAAGAACUGUUUUUAUCACUCAGGAAUACUUCAGGAAUUUUGGAGACAUUCAAUAGACAAGUUGUGAUAGAGAAACCUGAAGCAAAUGAAACCAGUAUCCCUUCAGAGCAAUUGCUGCCAGUACAAGAGGCUACUUUACUAGACUUUGGCUGGAGAAAUGCAUUUAAAGAAGUGUCUCGUCCCAUGGCACAUUGCAUAACCACAGUAGUUGAAGAUUUUUCUACAACAGUUCUCCAACAGGAACAGAAUGAAAGGUGUUCAACUGAGAGCUAUGCUAUGAAUCUUGUAAAUGUCCAGCAAAUUUGGCAAGCUAGCCAUGUGGUUCCUGAGGAGGACCAACCAAAGAAAACUGCAAAGUUUUGUUCUGACAUCAUGGAAAAACUUGACACAAUGCUUCCACUGGCUCUGGCAUGCAGAGAUGAUUCUUUUCAGGAAAUGAGAGCAAACUUUGUGGAGGCCUGUUGUAAAGUGGCAACAGCUGUCCUGGCAAGACUGCAAGAGAGACGCAAGGAGUUUCCUUCCAAAGCACCUCUGAGAAACUUGCACACCCUGCUUUCCACGGCGGUGUAUGUCUUCCAGCAUUUUACACAAUAUGAUAAUUUGAUGAAAGAAAAUACUAAGAAACCCAUAUUCCUGGUGCCUGUCCAACGAUACCAGGAAUUCAUCAGCACUCUACAGUUUCAGGUUACGGACUACUGCGUCAGAGUCUGUGCUACAAGCAUUUUACAGGAUGCUGAGAGCCACCACUGGGAUGACUACAAAGCUUUCUAUGAGGGGGAAAGAUGCUCCUUCUCACUCCAGAUGUGGCAUUAUUUCUUCUGGGCCCUUCAUCACGAUCUCUGGACCAUUCUGCCUGCUAAGUUAGCCCAGGAUAUUCUAGCAGAAGUGCUGGAGAAGUCUUUGCAUCUACUGGCCUCCAGAUAUGCUCGAGCCCAUCCCAGUUAUAAAAGAACUCCACAGAUAAGACUUGAUAUCACAACAAUUUUAAUAUGCACUGAAAACAUGCUCUGGUCAAUUUGCACAUCAGUACAGAAGCUUUUGAAUCCUCAUGAGUACAUAGAUGAUAAAAUUUUUAAAAUUCAUAUCCAUUGUAAUAAUCUUUUUACAACAUUAGUAAUUUUGACUUCACCAUUAACUGAAUUAUAUCAGACUUUUCAGCACGGCAUGAAAGAUUCUGCUUCAGAUUCCUUAAAACCUUUUUUCAAGGAACCAUUACAUUGGUUUUCUUGCAUAUCACAUUUCUACCCUUCUUUACUCAGGACUCCAUCAGCUGGACAACUUACAGUGGAGGGUCAGUUGAAACUGCUCUUAUCCCAGCCAGGUUGUAAUUGGAACCUGCUUCUGGAAACCCUUCUGCAUCAUGAUGGUCUUUUACUGAGAAUAUUGCUGAAGAGCUCAACUGAAGAUCCCAUAGAGACACAUCUGGAAGAUUAUACAUUAAAUAUGCAAAUGUCUGGCCCAGAGGCAGGGAGAAAGGAAAAGGAAAGGGAUGACCUGCAUGUGGAGAAGGAACAACUUUCUGAUACAGAAAAUGAUCUGAACCAAGGAUGCAGCUUGGUGGAAAGCAUCUUUAAAGUAUUACACCAUUGCCAUUUUUCUCCACAUACAUUUGGAAAUGUUUUUGUGAGUUACAUGGAAGAAGAACAAUUAUGGGACUUUUUAUAUAACAUUCCAGUCUCAACAUGUAUGGAGUCUGAGCUAGAGGUCAUCCGAUGCUUGAGACUGGCACUGACUGAUGCUGCCAAGGACAUUGUACAGCAGAUAAUAUCUCUGAUGAACUCGGGGAGAAACUGUGAGCCAAACCUAAACAAGACCAGUGUUCCUGAACGUUUGUGUGAGAGCAUUCCAAAAGAAUGGAAUUAUAUUCCAGAAGAAGCAAAAAAGAAAGAAUCAAGCAAAGGCUUCACAAGGCUUGCUGCUCAGGCAGUAUCUAUUGUAAUCAGCAAGUUACCUACGGUGAUUGCAUGUUUGCCUCCCCCAAUUAAAUACUUCUUUUUUCUGUCUGAGAGAAAAAUGUCAGAAAACUUUGUUGAAUUGAAGAAAGCUGGCCUACUUGUCUGGAACUUGAUUGUAAUUAUAUGUCGGAUAUUUGAGGAUGGAAACACUGUGGAACUUUUAACAGGUGCCUCCCUUGACAGAUGGAGUAAAGAGAAACUCGGUUUAAUCUCUGUGUGUUUGGAAAGCAUCAUGGGAGAGCAGACAAGUAGCCCUAAUCAAAAGACCCAAAAGGUCAUACAGAGCAUUGAGCAGCAAAAACCCAACUGGAUUGAAUGUCAAUUGUUGAAAGCAAAGAAAUUGAGCUCCAAAUGUGCAUUUAUGACAAUAGAGAACAGCACAGCCUUAGAAGAAGGAGAUACUGUUCUCGAACUGACUGAGCAGAAAAUAAACAUGAUGGUCCUGGAUAUCUGCCACAAACCAGGUGGCUGCGAGUACCUGCGGCAAAUUUAUCAUAUCAUGCGGCUCAAUGAGGAAUAUUUAAAAGAACAGCUGUUUUCUAUGAAUGGUUCAGAGGAAAAGCCAUUACCUAUCCGACCUUUAAAUAUGACCUUGAGGAGUGUGAAAGAUCAGCCUUCUGCCUUUAACCCUUUCCAUGUGUACAAGGCGUUUAGUGAAAACAUGCUAGAUCAGUCAGCCAUCACAAAAUGGAACUGGGAUUGGUCCAACUUGCUGCCAAAAUAUCUGGGACUGGAUAAGAUGACCUUCAGUGUCCUGCUCAGGAACAGGUGGGAAAUGAGGAAGGAUGAAAGACUAGAAGAGGAAGAAAAAGUAAUGCUGGAACAUUUAAAACAAAUUUGCACCAUCCAGAAAUCUUCUGCCUCAGAUAACACAGAGGAACAGCAAUCUCCAUAAAACAGCAACAGCUUUAUUUUAGGAAAUAAUCACAUGUAAUGGAGUAGGAUUUUUACUAGAGUCAGAAUGAACCUCAAAUGUGCUGUGAAGCAUGAAACCAGUGACUGAGUAAUCUCUGAACUGAAAAGGAAUACAGCAUGUAAAGUGCUACAUAUCUUUUAUUUUAAAAAUAGUCUCAAUUUUUUUCCCCUCAAUCUUUCUCUUGAUAUAACUGCUGCCAUCUCGUGUUCCCUUUGAAUUAUUAUUUUUUUUCUUUCAGUCUUAAAGUGUCUGAAAAUACAUAAAAUGCUUGGAAAUCUUUUCCCUAAGGAUUUUUAACUACAACAUUUAGAUGUUAAGUUGAAUGGAGUCACAUAGCCCCCUGAGGGUCAUCUAAUAAUUUCAAUUUAAUUUUGUAUCUACAGCCCGAGUCAGGUCUUAACUGCCUUUAAUACCCACCAUUAUACCAGCCUCCUUUCCCAUAGCCUCUUCCUCUUCCAACUUACCUUAGUCAUAGCCACAAAAAGCACUCUCCUGAAGUAUAACUUUAAUCUUAUCUCUGCCUCAAGUGGUUUUUGAAACACCAGAUCCAAAUUUCCAAUCAUGUUUUUAGAUCCUGUACCCAAAGGCUCCAUGUUCAGGCAGCUCUCUAUCAUCAUUUUGGCUCAAGCCAUACACAUCAUCUUUUCCAACCAGAAACCAUCUUGAUCCCAAAAUACGUUCAAUACUUAUUUCACCAAUAUCUACUCCACAGCUCAUUAUCCAGUCUUAGUUACUUCUCUUAUUUCCAUUAUAUUAACACACACAUUCUAGCACCCUCUAUGCCAAGUAGUUAUAUGUACUCUUUCCUGUCAGUGCCUGAUGUUAGAUUAUAAAGACCUUGAAGGCCUUGCAGUAUAGUAUGAAGCCUUCCUUCAUGAUGAUAGUCUCCCCAGAUACCUGCUACAGAGUUAUUCAUCUAGUGGGCAGUCAGUAAACACAGUUGUUUGAACGGCCAACAAUGAAAGAAGACAACAAAGACAAUCAGACUGUGUAGUAAUCUACAGGACAUCUGGGAGAAGCUGUAUAUCAUCAACUAUAUUAAAACCAUAUGACAUCAAACAUCAUGGCUUCUGAUGUUCUCAGAAUGUCCAUCUUCCCACAUUCUGUGUUUUUUAUAAAUCAUGUCAUGUGUAGGUGACAUGAUUUCCAAACAAAAGUACUUACACAUUUUUCAAAGAGUAAUAGUUUAGAGUGCAGAGGAAGCCACCUUAGAAAAUCCCUUGCAUUAUUUCUUUACGUAAAACCACAGAAAUGGCUAUACAGCCAGUUGCCUGCCAAAUAACACAUUUUAUUUUUAAAUAAUGUAUUUUAGGUGGCCAGUAUAACCAUGAAACAAGUGUUUUAAGACAUGGUUAAAAUAAUUUCUAAAAACUCUAAGCAGACUAUUCUAAAAAUUUUAAGAAAUUUUUUUAAGAUUUGAACUUUCCACCUAAUCAUAUCUAUAAAGAGUUAAUAAUCAACAUAAGGCAGCAACUAACUUUAUUCCUUCAGCUUAGUGAUGGCCUAUGUACUAAAUCUGCAUAACUGUGUUUUAUUAGAAUGGACACUAAAAUACUGCCAAAGUCAAAAUAAAAGUAAACUGAUCCAAUAAACUAAAUAAAAUAAUCAUACAGGAUUUCACAUUUGGGUUGUUUGUCUUCUAAUAUAUCUAAAAGUCAUCUUUAAAUGCCAUUUUUUUUUUAAUCUGUACAUUUCUACACUAAUCCUGGGAAGUGAUUCAGUUCCUCUAGAAAAAAAAUCUCUAGGGCUCCAUUUGAAAGGAAGGAAGUAUAUGGUGAGGGAAGAAGGGGAGAAGUGGGAAAGAGAGAAAAGCAAAAAAGAAGAGCUUGCAGUUGAAUUCUCUUCUCUACUUGCUCAGUGAAAUUAUUGUAGUGCAAUAAAAUUUAUAACUGGGAAUGUUAAAUGACAAGUCAUUAAAUUAUCAGAUCAUUUUGACUUUAUAUUCAAUAUAAUUUCUUAAAAUAGGAUAAGAAGUGGUUAUUUCAAAACAGUUCAUCUUUCUUACAUUUAUUUUGCAUCUGUGUAAGUUAACAGGAAUGAAUUCUAAUAUUUUAUUACUCCACAUAUGCUAAUCACAAUAUUAUCUUUCUAUAAAUAUAAUCUAUGCUCUGUUUAACUGUAUAUUUAUGAAAUUAUAAACAGGUAUCUAUUUUAUUAUUGGCUUAAUAGUUACAAUGUGGAAACGGUAUGAAUUAUUAAUAAAAUCUAGAUGAUAAUGUGUAUUUGUGAGCAAGAGUAAUACCAUCUUGUCAAAUCCACCAUGUUGACUGUUGAAUCGCCCUUACAAAUCCCAUGAACACACAAGUACAGAUCUUAGAUAAUAUCCAGACUGAAACAGUAUCUUUUUGUCCUCUGAGGUGGGACUCCUUGCUCUAUUCAGUGAUAGUAGUCUGACGCCAGCCCCUUCUCCUCUGAGCACACAAGUGGCUGCCUGCAUGGAGACCUUCCUCCUUGCCUCUAUAAAUUAGCCUCCCUGAACACGAGGCAGUGCAGAGACCUAUGUGUCCUGUGGCUGCCCAGGGCAAGCUUCUGUAUGUAAGAUCCCCUCAAUAAACCUCUACUGAAUUCA